AUGGGAAUGCAAGAGAAAUUGUCCGGGCAAACCUCCCGAAACGAUGAUCACGGCCAGUAUCCCGAUCAACGCCAGCAACAGACCGAACAAGCGCCCGAGGAUGUAUCCGCCCGCGACAGUGCAGAACAAGAAAAGCCACCUCCCAACGGAGGUGUGAAUUCGUGGCUCAAUGUAGCCGCGGCGUUCUGUGUUUUCGUGAAUACCUGGGGGUUAAUCACCACAUUUGGUGCGUUUCAGGAGUAUUAUCGAACCGUACUGCUGCGCGACCAAUCCUCCUCGGCGAUCUCAUGGAUCGGUAGCAUCCAAGCCACUCUGAUCCCCAUGGUGGGAAUGGUCACGGGGCCAAUGGUCGACGCCGGAUAUCUGCGUAUACUAAUUUUGUCUGGCAGUUUUCUCAUCGUAUUUGGCAUGAUGAUGACAAGUCUGGCGACCGAGUACUAUCAGGUACUCUUAUCACAAGCCUUCUGUACGGGAUUAGGUGGAGGAAUCUCGUACAUCCCCGCCAUGGUGGUGUUAUCCUCCUCAUUUACAACGAAACGAGCCGUGGCAGUCGGCUGUGCAUCCAUCGGGUCGAGCGUUGGCAGCGUCAUCUUCCCAAUUAUGUUUCGUCGCCUGCAACCUAUCAUUGGAUUCCCUUGGGCAGUCCGCUGCAUUGGGUUUAUCAAUCUAUUCAUGGCCAUUAUCGCGUGCUUGAUCCUGUGUCGCCAUCCGCGAAAGAAAACCCGUGCGCGAAGUCUAGUUGAGUGGAAAGCUUUGAAACAGCCAACAUUCAUGCUCCUAUCGGUAUCCCUCACCUGCGUGAUGCUCGCUUACUACGUUCCGAUUUUCUACGUUGCCACCUACGCACGGGUGAAACUGAACACGGAAACGAACCUGUCUUUCUACCUUGUGUCCAUCAUCAAUGGAGCCUCGGCAUUCGGACGAACCGUCCCUUAUCUGUUGGGCUCUCGUGUCAACACAGCAUUUGUCCUGAUUUCGUGCACCACUGCAUCGGCAAUUGCCAUGUACACCUGGAUUGCAACGAGCAAUACGGCGGGAUUCAUUGUCUGGGCCUGUUACUGGGGUUUCUUGAGUGGGGUCCUGGUCACCGCACCGACCGCCAUCGUCGCGCACCCCGUUUUCACCCCGGACAAGAACUACCUAGGCACUCGCAUGGGCAUGAUGUGGGGAAUCAGUUCCUUCGGAUCGUUGGCCGGGGCACCCAUUGCGGGCGCAUUGGUCGAUCUUGAGCACAAGAACUUUGUUCGGUCCCAGGUGUUUGCCGGGAGUUUGAUGGUGGGGGCUGUGCUGUUACAGUUGUGGCCGACUAUUGUUGCAUUCAGCAAGACGGGCGGGGUCCAUGGAGAGAAGGCACAGUGCCGAAGGCUUGAAGUCGCGCGAUUCCAAGGCCUGGAAUAUAAUGGAGACGCCGCCGGUCUCCAGUAUGUACCUCCGGAGAUUGCGCACAAUAGCGCAGCAAACACUCCGUAUACGAUCGAGCAUCUUCCGGAAAAGCAGAGUCCGCAGCGUAGAAUUUGCGGCCUACCAAGAACCGGUUUCUGGAUAUUAUUCGCGUUAACCACAGCGUUCAUUAUUGGUGGCGCUAUUGGUGGAGGAGUGGGUGGCUCAAUCGCAGCGAAAAAGAGCAACAGCCCACCGUCACCCGCGUCGACGACAGUUUACACAACUUCAUCCGAUCCAGUUACAUCUGCUACUCACUCUGAGCGAUCGAUAACGGCUUCGGCAACUUCUUCUGCUCCGGUUACAUCUGGCACAAGUGGCAUAGCCGCUAACCCGUGCCCAGGAAUCAAUCAAACUAUAGUUACAGGGUCAACGGGCUCUGCGUUUACGGUUUUGUGUGGUGUUGAUUGGCCCAGGGGCAUUCAAGCCAUGAAUGGCAAGGGGAAAGUCAGUGAUAUUGGUCGCGCGACUGUGUACUCUAUACAGGAAUGCAUCAACACCUGCCUUGACUCCAACAAGGAUGAUUGCAAAGGUGUAACUUAUUCGGCCAAUUUGACAUCCUCGUUUGAUGGUGGACAAGAUGGAAACUGUUUCUUCAAAGAUCAAGCUGGCAUAUAUUUUCCAGGGGUGGAUACCAUCAUAUCUGCUGGAAUCAUUGGGGGUUAG